CUCACACUCAUAGAAAUCUCUCUCUUCGUUCUUUCUCUAUAUCUAUAUCCAAUCUCUAUAAUUCAACUCCGGCGAAGAUGUACAGAGUAGCAAGAGCAUCGGAAUAUCUGGUGAUCACCGGAUUCGGAAUCGAGGAUAUCAAAAUCGCUAAGAAGGCAUGGAUAUUCCCCGGCCAAACGUACUCUGUUUUCGAUAUCUCUCCGGUGAACUACACCUUCGAAGUACAAGCAAUGAGCGCUGAGAAGCUUCCGUUCGUUCUUCCGGCGGUUUUCACAAUCGGACCUCGUGCUGAAGACGACGAGAGUCUCCAGAAGUACGCGAAGCUGAUAUCGCCUCACGAUAAACUGUCGGAUCAUGUGAAUGAGUUAGUGAAGGGAAUCAUUGAAGGAGAGACUCGUGUACUUGCUGCUUCCAUGACUAUGGAAGAUAUUUUCAAAGGAACAAAGGAUUUUAAGCAGGAAGUGUUUGAGAAGGUUCAAUUGGAGCUGAAUCAGUUUGGAUUGUGGAUCUACAAUGCGAAUGUUAAGCAGUUGGUUGAUGUUCCUGGACAUGAGUACUUUUCGUAUCUAGGUCAGAAAACGCAGAUGGAAGCGGCUAAUCAGGCGAAAAUCGAUGUUGCUGAAGCUAAGAUGAAGGGUGAGAUAGGAGCAAAGCUUCGAACCGGACAGACACUGCAGAAUGCAGCAAAGAUUGAUGCUGAGACAAAGAUCAUAUCGACCCAGAGGCAAGGACAGGGGAAAAAGGAAGAGAUAAGAGUGAUGACUGAGGUAAAGGUGUUUGAGAAUGAGAGGGAGGCUGAAGUGGCUGAAGCAAAUGCUGAGCUGGCAAUGAAGAAGGCGAAGUGGGCGAAGAAUUCACAGGUUGCAGAGGUGGAAGCCAGGAAGGCGGUGGCACUCAGGGAGGCAGAACUGCAAAAGGAGGUUGAAAUCAUGAAUGCUUUGACUCAGACAGAGAAGCUCAAGGCUGACUUCCUGAGCAAAGCUAGUGUUGAGUAUGAAACCAAGGUACAAGAGGCAAACUGGGAGCUAUACAAGAAGCAAAAAGCUGCAGAAGCGGCACUCUAUGAGAAAGAAAAAGAAGCAGAGGCUCAAAAGGCGAUGGCUGAGGCCUCAUAUUAUGCUCGCCAACAAGUAGCCGAUGGUGAAUUAUAUGCAAAACAAAAGGAGGCAGAGGGUCUCAUUGCGCUUGCCCAAGCCCAUGGUGCCUACAUGCGCACACUUCUUGAGACAUUAGGAGGAAACUAUGCAUAUGUAAGGGAUUAUCUGAUGGUCAAUAGCCGAAUGUAUCAAGAAAUCGCCCAGAUUAAUGGUGACGCUGUUAAGGGGUUGCAGCCAAAGAUAAGCAUUUGGACUGGUGCAGGUGGUAGUGGCGAAGGCAGGGAUGGUGGUAAGGGCAUGGUUGGUGGUGCUAUGAAUGAAGUUGCAGAGGUCUAUAAGAUGUUGCCGCCAUUGUUGAGCACAGUUCAUGAGCAGACUGGAAUGUCACCUCCAAAUUGGAUGGGCAGGAUUACUGGAUCCUAGUUUCCAGUAUUUCUGUAGGUACUUCCAAGGUUAACCAUGUGAUUAGAAUCUUCUAGUAUUUUCAAGGUUUUUUACUUUUGAACCAUGUGAUUAGAAUGCCUCGUACUUCAAAGGUCUUUUAGUUUAAUCA